AUGGAGCAACUCGGUGUUCUCGUCCAUCGCCGCGGUAUGGCCAAAGGUAAGGUAACCAAAAUUUUAUGUACCAUUCAACCCCAACACGAAGACAAUCUAGUGCUUAGUCAGGCACAAAUUAAAGUGUACACCAAGAAAUUGGAAUCUGCUCAAAAGGAGUAUGAAGCCCUGCAAGAGAAAAUCUUGGAGCUGGUAUCUGCUGAGGACAUGGAUGCUCAUGACCAACACUUCGAAGCCUUCGACGAUUUGUGUGACAUGGUAGGAAUCAUCCUGGAGGAAAAGGGUGAAUCUGGUGUGCCUAUCGCAGCAAACUCCAUUCCACCGAAUGCUGCCACUUCACUGGUGAUCCAUCAACCUCUCAGAAUGCCCAUUCCCACUUUCGAUGGAAGGUUUGAAAGCUGGCCGAAGUUUAAGGCAAUGUUCAUGGACCUAGUGGACAAAGCACCCGAUCCGCCAGCUGUUAAGUUGUACCAUCUCAAUAAGGCAUUAGUGGGUAGUGCAGCUGGUUUAAUAGAUGCGAAAACGAUUAAUGAAGGCAAUUAUGCACACGCUUGGGAAAUUCUCGAGGAGAGGUACGAGAACAAACGACACGCCAUCGACUGUCAUAUUCACGGCCUUUUGAAUCUAACCAAAAUGUCUAAGGAAACAAAUGGCGAGCUCAGGAAACUGAUAGAUGAGUGCACAAGGCACAAUCCGCAACUCAAGUCAAACCUAUGA